AUGGCGCCGGCGGAGCUCGAGACCUAUGCUUUCAAUGCUGACAUCAGCCAGUUGAUGUCCCUCAUCAUCAAUGCCUUUUACACCAACAAAGAGAUCUUCCUGCGAGAGCUGAUCUCCAACGCCUCCGAUGCCCUGGACAAGAUCCAGUUUCAGGCCUCCACGGAUGCUUCCAAGCUGGAUGCGGAACCGAACCUGUAUAUCAAGGUGACUCCCGACAAGGAUGCCGGGACAGUCACCGUGGAGGAUACAGGUAUUGGCAUGACCCGCGAGGAGAUGAUCCUGCACCUGGGAACCAUUGCCAAGUCGGGAACCAAAGCGUUUAUGGAGGCAGUCUCCUCGGGCGCCGACAUGUCCAUGAUCGGUCAGUUCGGCGUGGGCUUCUACAGUUCCUACCUGGUUUCGGAGAAAGUGCGCGUUGUCUCCAAGAGCAACGACGAUGAGCAGUACGUUUGGGAGUCAACGGCAGGAGGCACCUUCUUGAUUUGGAAGGACACCACCUUCGAACAUGGCGUGCUCAAACGGGGUACCAAGGUGAUCUGCUAUCUCAAAGAUGACCAGGCCGAAUUCUUGGAGUCUGACCGCCUCAAGGAGCUCAUCAUGAAGCACUCCGCUUUUGUGGGCUUCCCCAUUGACCUGCGCAUGGAACAUCGGAAGGAGGAGGACAUCGAGGUUCAUGAGGAGGGCGAGGAGGUUCCGGAGAAGCGGCGGAAGGUCACUGUCAGCUACUCUUGGGAGCUGAUCAACAAGAACAAGCCAUUGUGGCUCCGGCCGGCAUCCGAAGUCUCGCAUCAGGAGUACGCGGAGCUUUACAAGUUCCUCUCUGGUGAUUGGGAGGAUCAUCUCGCGGUCAAGCAUGUCAUGCAGAGCGGCCAGGUUGACUUCAAAGCGCUUCUAUACUGUCCGACCACAGCGCCCAAGGACAUGUUCGACAUGGGCAAGAUGUCGCAGCGAUUCAGCAUCCGGCUCUACGUUCGCAGGGUGUUCAUCAAAGAGUUCAACGACCUCAUCCCCAAGUGGAUGGGCUUUGUGAAGGGCAUCGUUGACAGCGAUGACAUGCCUCUCAAUAUCAGCAGAGAGAUGCUGCAGCAGAAUGCCAUUCUGAAGCACAUCAAGACGGGCUUGCAGAAGAAUAUCUUCAGCAUGUUCGAGGAACUCUCUGCCGACAAAGAACGCUUUCGAUCCUUCCACGAAGCUUUCUCCCAAUGCUUGAAGCUCGGUGUCUACGAGGAUCAUGCCAACAGGGAGCAGAUUGUGCCCCUGUUGAGAUAUCACUCUUCAAAGUCUGGAGAGGAGAUGGUGGGCUUUGAUGAUUACAUUGCCCGGAUGAAGCCAGGCCAGCGGCACAUCUUGUACAUCACUGGCAGAACCAAGCGGGAUGCCGCGCGCUCGCCCUACAUCGAGGGCCUGAAGCGCGAUGGCUACGAAGUGAUCUACAUGACGGACCCGGUCGACGAGUACGCCGUCCAGUUCCUCAAGGAGUAUCGAGGCUAUGAGGUGCUCAGCUGCAUGAGCAUGGACGCGGCGCGGCUUCUGGAUCAUCGGUCGGAGGCCGAUCUCAAGGCCGAGCUAGCGCCGCUGCAGCGGCGGCUACAGGAGCUCGUGGGGGCCCAGCAGACGGUAGCUCUGGCGGCCCUCAAUCCGGAGUGCUGCGCGCAACUUGCCAGCUCAGACCAGGGGCCGCUGCUGCAGCUGAACUUCAAGCACAGCUUCGUGAAGGAGCUCGGGAAGCAUACGGCUCUGAGCCAGGGCGUCCAGCCUGCUGAGGAGCAGCUGGCUCUGAACAUUUGCAGGCUCCUGCAGGACAUGGCUGCGCUGGAGGGCACGGAUCCGGAUGACCCCAGACGGGCCGACACGUGUGAUAAGUGCCAGGACCUCAUCCAGGCACUGAACGCCGGCGAGGCCGAUGCGUCGGGGGAGCUGCCCACGCUGGGCGCAGCGGCGGUGGCGCGAGAGGCAACUCGGGAGAGGCUCGAGACCAGCGAGGGGAAGGCGGAUGCGGGCAGCGACCUCCUGUCCUGCGGCCGGCGUGUCCGCGUGGUGCGCAGGGAGCGUGCGAGGAGGGCCAUGAUCUCCUUUGUGGACGAGGAUGCGAAGACCGUGGAUGUCCUGUACCCGCAGCCCGUGGCAUCAGGAAAACAGGAAGAUGAGGAGGAGGGCGUGCCGGCAAAGUACGUCCAAGCCCUCCAGGACUUCGAGCUGACUGCCGCGCCCUCCGAGGACAGCCUCUUCAAAUCUGCAACUGCGGAUAAGGAGCGUGGGAACCAGCUGUUCAAGCUCAAAGACUACGAGGCGGCCUCCGAGUUCUACGGCGCCGCCUUAGCGCGCUUCGCGGCGCGGCCCGUGGGCCGCGGGGAGCAGGUGCUGCUGAGGCGACAAGAUCCCGAGAAGGAGGGGAAAUCUGCGCUGGCACUAGCGACUGUGUUGUCCGUGGACUCCGAGGGCCUUUGCGAGCUUUCCAAUGGAGCAGAACUGCCAGCUGGCGACCUGCUCCCAGUUUGUCAAGAGCUGCUUCCUCUGCACACAUCCCUGUACAUGAACAGGGCCCGAUGCAGGCAGAACCUCGGUCGGCAUGAAGAGGCCGCCCAGGACCUCACCGCCGUGCUUGGGCUCUGGCAAGCCGUCGACAAGCGCAUGCUGCAGGCGGACCCUGAGAUGAAGGAAGCCGAGGUGAAAGGCCUUUACACGGCCGAGUACUUGCGAGCACGCUCCAGGCUUGCGCGGGGCUUGUCCAGAUCGGCAGCGCAGGACGUGAAGGAUGCCCUGGCACGAAGCCCACCUGCCGCAACGGUUAAGCAGCUCAAACAGCUGAAGACCGAGGUCCAGGCGGCUCAGGAGAAGCACCGUCAAGUGAACAGCCCGCUGGCCAAGGAGCUUGCGAAGCUGAUGAUCUCACUGCGGGGUGGACCGCAGAUCUCCUGA